GCAUAUGAGCGUCUAUAAAUGCGAGAGAGGAAACGAGGUGACAGACAGACAGACGGAGUCCACAGCUGAAGGUUUAGGAUGGAGAGGAGCUGCGGGAAACAGAUCCUGGUACUGGUGCUGGUCCUCAUCAGCACACACGCAGAAGGUAUUUACACCUGUUCAUGUUUGUUUGGUUGUAUUACAUGCAUCAGAAGUAAAGUUAGUGCAAUGUAAUCCAGAUUAUUAGGAGUAAAAGAAAAACUGCUCUUUGACUUUGUUUGAUUUUCCUUUGAACUCAAAAGCUUAAACAUUUAGAGAUUUGGAUGAUAGUUUUCAUGUCAAUAAAUCUCUAACUUGUGUUGAAAUGUAGAUUCAGGAUAACUUUGAUUACAAAGUAAACACGCAGCAGAGGGCUGAUUUCAGGCUGGAUACCAGUACAUUAAACAAAAACUAUUAAACCUUUAUUUUUCUAUUAUUACCCGCUCACAUUGUGUAAGAUAAAGAAUAAAGCUGAUGGAAAAUAAAAAGGGUUAAGCCUCCAUUUAAGUGUUUUUACCAAAGAUAGAAUACUCAAUUAAAAGCACCUCUCUGGACUGAUCAGUUUGCAUGGAUUUUGGCGCCCCGUGUGGACAAAAUAUAGAAAUCUAUUCAGAGCCUUGUGGCCUUUUGUGUCAAGGCUGUAUGAAUUGUGUUUAAAGGUCGAGUAGCUGCCGACUAUUUACAUAAAUGCUCACAAUAAGAAUGGAGAUAGCCUUUCUAUGAGCACAUCUAACCGCUUCAAGUAGCUAGCUAUUUGAUCCAGCAGAGGGCGCUCUCAUUCUAACCUGACCUCUUGACCUUAGUAAACUAAUCCAGUGAUAUCAUUCUACAGAAAUAGAGAACAUGGUCAAGUAAAGUCGCACUGAGCAGACAAAUUAGGACACCAAAACAUCUGAGUAAUGCUGUGUGGAGGUAUUUUUGGUCACAUAAGCUGUUAUGAAUUCUUAUAUUGAUGUUUGCUUGCUAAAUCAAGCUUUACAGAUGAUUUAUUAGGCUUUAUAAUGUAACUAUGAUGCAGUAUCAGAGGUGAGUUCUUAUUAAAGGGAUAUUCCGGCGUGAAAAAAAGGGUCAAACACAUGGUAACACCAAGUUAGACACCCCCUUGAGAGAUGAAUGUUGCCGACCGCUUGCUUCUCUAGUUAUACCAACUUUAGUAACGACCACACAAUAGCAACUGCACAUGAAGUUAGGUGCUGUUCUGAGCAUUAUUUGUGGCUAUAGACUGGCGUUUUGGUUUAGGUUUGUGUUUGGCUCCUCAGACUGCUGUGUGUUGCAAUCAUGCGGUCAUCACAAAAGUUGGUAAAACUAGAGAAGCAAGCGGUCAGCAACAUUCAUCUCUCGAGGGGGUGUCUAACUCUGUGUUACAGUGUGUUUGACCCUAAAUUAGUUUUACGCUUUAAGUUAGCAAAAACUCCUCACAGCAGCUUUCACUGGAGUAAAUUCAUGCACACCCACUCAUGGAUUUGUUUAAGGUGCUCUCUCAGCGCUUGCAUGGGCCCACAGUCUCCUGGUGGCAUUUUUAUGUGUGUGACUGUAGGGAUUUAACUCCUCAAACAUCCAGACCCUGACUGUGUAAUUUAUCUAUAUGUUUUAGGUAGUAAGGGCUUGUUUAAGAUGCUGUAAAAACACCUUUCCUUGUUUCCUUUCCUCUGCAGCUUUAUUCUCUCGGCACAUGCAGGACUUCAUCAGGGCAGUGCAGCAGGUGGAAGACCAGGACCCCGAGUCAAAGCCGCUUUCUGUGUUGAGGAGUCUUCGCAAAGCUGGCGGCCUUAUUGACGCUUUCAUUCAGCACUUCCUGGGUGAUGCAGACUCUGGUGGCUCUGACAUGACCUCUGACCUUUCAGCUUACAUCAGCAGAUCUGUGCAGCACAGAGUCAGUGAGGACGCUGCAGAGGAAGGUGUGGUCCUGACUCCUGAUGGCACCACUGUUUCCCUCACACCGCUCCUCCUGGGUUUAGAGGCGGGUUUACUGUCAAAGUCUAACAGGUCUGUUCGGGGUCUGUACCAGCUCACACUGACUAAAGACCUGGACCAGGCUCAGAGGUUUGGAUCUCCUAAAAAUCAGCUCCUGGGACCUGAUGGCUGCUGGGACAGUGUCACUCAACCUCAGGUCUUCACCCUCUUGGACAGCCCAGCUCUGCUUACCACGGCUCAGAUCAACGGGGGCAUGGAUGGCGUGGUUUUAGGGAUGGAGGUCUCUGACAGAUCCAGACAUCCUCUGAAGCUGAGUCGCCUGCUGAUGGAGUACUACUGCCACCAGCUGGACACAGGAGGACUGGACUCUGCCCCACGUCUCAUUAGCCGGCGCCGCCGGGACAACUUCAGAGAGCUGGUGGAGGUUUCAGUGCUGAGCAGAGGGGGGGUGAGCUCAGUGGAGCUGCAGAGGAGACUGGAGGGGCGCCCAAAGAUGGAGGUGAGGGAAAAGAAGCAGCUGAAGGCGAUGCUGAGAAAGGGAGUGAGGGAGUUUGUCAGCAAGUUCAUAGGUGAGAAGAAAAUCAAAACACAGAUUAUAAGAUAACACCCAUUGUCUUUCACCUGGUGAAUAUUGAUCCACUGUUAUUGAUCUGUUUCAGGUUGCCCUCCCAUAAUUCCUCGCUGCAUGUGGAGGGCGGAGCCGUACAGAGGAACCCCCACCAACCUGUCUCUACCUCUUUCCUUCAUGUUCAUCCACCACACCUUCAUACCUGGACAACCCUGUCUCACCUUCCGGCAGUGCUCUCAGGACAUGCGCUCCAUGCAGCGCUUCCACCAGGAUGACAGAGGCUGGGACGACAUCGGCUACAGGUAACAACUUCUCAUCCUGUUUUAUUCAUACUGCACCAAAUCAUAACAAAUCUCAUGUCCUGACAAGAAUCUGUGCAAAAUAAACACACAGUUUCAGGUCUUGUUUUGACUUGUUAUACCCUUAACCCUAGAACACUAUCACUAAAAUAAAUAACAGCAUCACUAUCGCCAGGUGAUUUUUACCCAAAAUAAUGUACCCAAGAAAAAGUACUUGUCCUCAAUUAUUAAUGAUGACUGUGCAAUAUCCAAAGGGAGAAAAAAAAAGUGCCAUGAGGGGACCAUAAAAAAAUGAAACAAAAUAACUGACAUUAAGUAUUUGUGAACAAAAAAUAGAAACUGUAAACUUAGUUUCUUUUCCAUUCCUGGGGCAUGUGAGUCUUCCCUGGUGCAGACUCAGGGUCCUUGGCACAAUAACAGCUACAGGAGAGAGAACCAAAUAUUUUUUAUCACCAUAUGAAUUCCCUUAAGAUCACUACUUUGUGAUAGUUAUUCAUAACCACUGUGCUAAAUAAAGAUAGCAUGCAAAUUCCAGGACCACUCUUACUGACCUUACUGCCCACAUGCAGCUAUUAAAUCCACCCAAACCUACUUUACCCUCUAUCACUAUUGCCUUUGUGAAAAUCACCCGAACACGUGCCUGUAGGAAAAAGCAGGUUUUGGGUCAGGGAAACAAAUUUGGCCUCAAAGAUGUCAAAGGCAAUGCUGAAGCUCCCCAGGGACCCAUGAUACUCAGAAAAACGCAACAUAAUGAAAUUCACGUAAAAUCAGAUACAAACAUGCAGAGAAAGCAGCUGUGUGUCAAACCCUGGAGACUGCAGGCCUGCACCUUUAAGCUCUUGAUGGUGUGAUGAUGUGGGAUCAUGAAGGGCUCUUUAUGCAAAAAAAGGGUUUGAAAUAUCAUUCUAGAUUUUGAAGGAAGUUGUUACGGUGGAGCUAAUAUAGGAGGAAGUCUGUAAAAUGUCACUCUGCACGCUGAUGCAUUUUGGAUCCCAAGUCAUUUGUGAAAUUCUGCGUCAAACUCCUGAUGUUUAAGACUCUCUGUGGUCUUGAAGCUUUGUUGCAGGCUCUGAUGGAUACAUCUACGAGGGCCGAGGCUGGCACUGGCAGGGGGCCCACACCCUGGGGCACAACUCCAUAGGCUACGGCGUGUCUUUCAUCGGAGACUACACUUCCAGUCUGCCUUCUCAGCACUCCAUGGGGCUGGUGAGAGAUCAGCUGGCAUCCUGUGCGGUCAGUGGGGGGCAUCUGAAAGCCAAUUUCACCCUGCAGGGGCACAGACAGGUGGUGGACACAUUGUGUCCUGGAGACGCCUUCUACGAUGAGAUCAGAAACUGGGAGCACUUCGGGGUACAUCAGCAGGAGUGUCAUAUCAACAUUUAAUUUUAAUACCUUCUGUUUUUACAUAAACAUAAAUUCCUCCCACUGCUGGUGAAGCGUUGCAUUUUAAUAUUUCCUUUUUGCUUUCAUUUUAGGAAGUGAAGAAGUAAUGAUGAUUGGCUUGAGAAGAGGACGAGUCUUGGACAAACCAAAAUGUAUCAAUAAAUGUAAUUUUUUUCAGUCUUU